UAGUCAAAACUUUGUAUUUCUGCCCUGUGAUUAUAAAAUCUCAACAAAAGUGGGAUCGCGUGCCUGGCUGAAAUUGUUUUUCUCUGUCAAAGUUGUAGAGACUCGAAAUCAGCGAUAUAUAUCUUGAGUGUGUUCAUCUGCAUUCAAUUAUCUGCGGGGCCUCAGCCUGUGAUGUGGUGUGCACCUUGCUUGUGUAGGGUUGAUUUGUGUCCCAUUGAUGUGCGAUUGUCUCUGAUCCUUCCGUCACACGACACACUCUGAUAGCACAGGCCGUUUUUACCUGUACACCUUGGGCCGGUGCUGCGGCCUGACACAAACGGCCAGAUUACCGUGAGGGAUUAGUUCUACCUGGCAGGUAACACACAGGUAACACAGCCGACAAGUCACCGAGGUCAUAGGUCACUGGUUUUAUCUUGGGUUAAAGAAAUCAGUCAAUUAAUCAUUAGUGGGAUAGAGAGCAGGCAGGCUGGUCUUUCCGUAGUUGUCUCAGGUGUUUUCUACCAUGUGUAUAGGCAUGGUGUGUGUUUAUAUUUACCUAGAUCGGAGGAAGGAUACUUCUGCUUGUAAUUAAUUAGAACCCAGGCAUAUAUAUAUAUACCAGUAUGGCUGGAGCGGUGUCUCUGUGGUCAAGGCUGGUUCGGUCAGGCUAGUGGACAACCUGUGUUAAUAAUAUACUGCGAUACCUGUGUUACUCAUUUACCUGACAAGUUUAUAACGGUCUUUUUUGAGGAUAACCAUCUAUUACUUACCUGCCCGGGCAAUAUGAUCUUUCACACCUGGAACAGCCUUACCCGUGUCCUACUACAUCGUUAACAUGUGAAAACAGUGAUUUACCUGUGUGCUACUUACCGUCAUGUGCGAGGAAAGUAGACGUUUCCACAGAUGAAGCAGUACUUCCCUAAACAAUGGAAUAUAAAACUAAAUACCUGAAGAAAACAAAAAUGAAAAAUGUGUGUUGAAAGCGAGUUAUCCAGGAUUCGUGCAAAACACACCUGGAAUCCUGAGGACAGAUACUAAACCAUUAUUAGAAUGCAAUAUCUGUCCUGGGAUUUAACGGAGAAUUUUGGGAGGAGAGUAUUGAUCUCGGAAUUAUUUUGUGUUUACGUAUAUUACCUUCAAAAAGAAAGUGUUGAGCCGAUCUUUUAAGUUGAAAUAUGAUGAAAUGGUCUUAUCGCGAGCCGAAAGACAAGAAGAAACGAGGAGGCUUCUUCUUCAGGAAGGCAUACCUGCGGGAGGGCGUGGCAUUGCAACAACUGGGACAGCAUGGAGACGCGCUGGCCGCUCUCUCCUCUGGCCUUGCUCAGGACUCGGGCAACGCACAGCUACUGACAGGGCUGGUGGAUACCGCCUUAAAGUCCCCUCUCAAAGAAAAAUUGGGGCCAGUAUUCCACCAGCUACAGAAGUUAAAACUCAACCAAAGUCCAUUUGUUAUCAUCUCUGUGAUUGGUCAGGAGUUACUGGCAUCGGGUCACUACAGUGCCUCCGUGACAAUGUUAGAGGCUGCGCUGACCAUCGGAACCUGCAGCCUCAAGCUUCGGGGGUCGGUGUUCUCCGCCCUCAGCAGUGCGUACUGGGGCAUGGGCAAGAUUGACGGGGCAAUCACUAACAUGCAGCACGACCUUUCUGUGGCUAAGUCAUUGGGUGACUUAGAUGGUGAAUGUCGGGCUCACAGCAAUUUAGGCUCGGCCUACUUCUCCAAAGGUCACUACAAAGAGUCUUUGACCAAUCACAGAUUCCAGCUUGCCCUUGCAAUGAAACUGAAGCAUCGGGAUGCAGCUGCCGCAGCGCUUGGGAGUCUUGGGCACGUGUACACAGCAAUAGGUGACUACCCCAAUGCGCUCAACAGCCACAAACAGUGUUUAUUCCUCAUGAAACAAUGUCACGAUAAAUUGGCAGAGGCUCGUGAAAUAGGAAAUGCAGGUGCAGUGUACUUAGCGAUGGGAGAGUUUGCUCACGCAAUAGAAUGUCAUAACAAACAUUUAGAAAUUGCCAAAAGUUUGAAAAAUUCGACGGAGGAAGCCAGAGCGUACAGUAAUCUCGGAAGUGCCCAUCAUUAUAGACGAGACUACGAAAAAGCGAUGUCCUUUCACAAACAUGUGUUGAGAAUCGCCGAAUCAAAGACGGACCAAGUAUUAGAGGCGCGAGCCUACGCAGGUCUUGGUCAUGCAGCACGUUGCAUGCAGGACUAUAGCACAGCCAAAAGUUACCAUGAAAAACAGUUAGACAAUGCCCUUCAGACCAAGGACAAGGUCGCAGAAGGUCGUGCUUGCUCAAAUCUUGGAAUUAUAUAUCAUCAGUUGGAGGACCACAAAUCGGCUCUAAAGUUACAUGAAGUGCAUUUAAAAAUAGCCAAGAAUCUUGGUGAUCGUGCUAGUCAGGGUCGUGCAUCUGGUAACCUUGGUAACGCGUUUUGUGCUAUGGGGUCAUUUGAACAAGCGAUCAAAUACCAUAGACAGGAGUUAAACAUUUCGUCUGAAGUGAAUGACCGCCACUCGGAGGGUACAACCCACGGUAACCUAGCCGUGGCAUACCAGUCUAUAGGGAGCUACGACAAAGCCCUACAGCACUACACCGCACACCUUAGUAUCUCCCGCGAACUUAAAGACACAGUCAGUGAGGCCAAGGCCCUCUGUAACCUUGGCAACUACCACAGUUCACGUGGAAACCAUGGAAGUGCUGUGAAAUAUUUCGAGGAAUACCUGAACCUUGCUCAGGAGCUAUUAGAUUCCGAGGGUGAGGCGAAAGCCUGUUUUAGUCUGGGAUAUGCUCAUUUCGCACUUGGUAACCAUUUGGAGGCUGUGAGAUAUUACGAACAGGAUUUAUCAAUCGCUAGGGAACUUAAAGACCAGAUGGGCAUUGCCAGAGCCUACUGUAAUCUGGGGCUGGCCCAUACUGCACUUAAAAACUUUGAGGAUGCUUUGGAGUGCCAGAAAAAGUGUUUAACAAUGAUGAAAAGCAUGAAAAACACCAAGGGAAUUUUCAGGGCACUCGGCAAUAUUGGUGAUAUUACUCUAAAGACUGGUGAAACUGCAGAAGCAAUCAAAAUUUAUAACCAGCAACUACUUCUUGCCAAACAAUGCAAUAGUAAGGACCUCCUAGGCGGGGCCUACGGGGCCCUGGGGGCGGCACAUCGGGUGUUGGGGCAAUUUGAUAAGUCCCUUGGUUAUCACACGCAGGAACUUUCUAUACGACAGGACAUGAGUGACCUACGCGGUGAAUGUCGUGCACAUGGAAACAUCGGAAAUGUUCAUAUGUCACUUGGGAAUUAUCAAAAUGCAUUUAAGUGUUACGAAGAACAACUUGAGAAAAGUCGGGAGCUACAAGACAGUGCUUUAGAGGCGCAAGCCUCCGGUAACUUAGGCAUCACUAAGAUGAACAUGGGAAUGUAUGAGGACGCCAUUGGUCAGUUCGAGCAGCAGCUAGCCAUGCUUGAACAGGUCAAUGGCAUUUUCAGUAACCAUGACAAAGGUCGAGCUCUUGGUAACCUUGGUGAUUGUUACGAAGCACUUGGAGAUUUCGAAGAAUCUAUAAAAUGUCACAACCAGUAUUUAGCAAUAUCACAGCAGACGAACAAUCUCUCUGACCAGGACAAAGCAUACAGAGGUCUGGGUAAUGCCCACAGGGCAGUGGGAAACCUACAACAAGCCCUGGUGUGUUUUGAGAAGCGACUUGUCGUUGCUCAUGAACUCAACAGUUGCACAGCCAAGGCCUCGGCUUACGGAGAGCUUGGUUGUUUGCACAGCCUGCUGGGUAACUUUGAGCAGGCCAUCGCAUGUCUGCAGCAUCAGCUGACGAUUGCCACGGAGAUGAACGAUCAGAUGUGUGAAGGCGAGGCUGCGUGUGGCCUGGGCGGAGUGUACCAACAGAUGGGCGAUUACGACAAGGCCCUAGAAUACCACGAGAUGGAUCUCCGAAUCUCAGAGUCAUCAAACAACAAAGCAUGCCAAUGUCGUGCCUACGGUAACCUUGGGUUAUCCCAUGAGUCCCUUAGUAACUACAAGGAAUCCAUUCAGUACCAGGAACAGCAUCUCAGCAUCGCCGCGGAGAUGAAUGACAGUGUCGCUAGAACUCUUGCUUACAGUAGUCUAGGUCGUGUGCACCAUGCCCUAAACAACCAUACAGAGGCUGUAGACUACCUCCGCCAGGGGUUACGCAUCGCCGAACAACUGGGCCGCCACGAGGACGAGGCUAAGAUUCGACAUCGCCUUGGUCUGUCCUUGUGGGGUAAAGGCGAUUUGGAGGAGUGUCAACAACAGCUGUACAAAGCUUCGGACCUUUUCGAGAGUAUCCGACGCGACUCACAAUUCAACAGCGAAUACAAAAUGUCCUUGUUUGACCUUCAGACAGCAUGCUACCAAGCCUUGCAGAGGGUGCUGGUUUCCCUCGGCCAACACGAGGAGGCGCUGGUGAUAGCAGAGCGUGCAUGUACGCGGGCUUUCAUUGAUUACCUACUGGAGCGUCAGGCAGGGUCGGAGGGUCUAUACCGAGGUAACGUCGACCCUCCCCCCAUCACUACCGACCAGAUCGUCAAUAUCGUCACCAAACAGAAGUCUCUCGUACUCUACUACAGCAUUGCUGCCGGCUAUCUCUACAGCUGGCUCCUCACGCCAAAACAAGGUAUCGUGAAGUUCCACGAGGCCAACAUGGCUGAUCUGGAAAACAUUGACGGGGAAUCUUUUAGUGAUACACUCAGUAUGAAGAGCGUCAGUUUCGGGUCAUCUUCAGUGCUUGACCAGUACGUAGGUCAAGUCCGCGAGUCCAUGGGCAUCGACAACUAUUCAUCAAGAGCUUCCCUGACAUCUAAAGGUGUGGGUUGUGACUCGGACAGCGAGGGAGACGAUGUUUGGCAGCAGCACCUGGAGGAACUCGGUGACAAACUCAAUGCCGAAAACGACCGAACAGGGUUCUUACGCAUGGUCAAUCGUAACCACAAAUACAACAGUAGUAACUACAGUCUCAGCAGUCUUUUCAGUCUUUCGGUCAGCAUGAACGGACUCAGUGCCAGUUUUCACUCCAUGAACCGCAAAAACAGUCUACGCAACAAAACUAGCAAUAAUACCAAGGCACCGAUAAGUGCCUUGUAUCAGCUUCUGAUUGAGCCCAUGGAGGAAGCGCUGACGCAGGCCACGGAGGAGUGGGGAAUGGGCCCUGUGGACCUGGUACUCGUCCUCCAGGGGGAGCUUUACCUCAUACCCUUCUCUGUCCUCCGAAAGGAUCAGACGGAGGAGUACAUGUUUGAACGGUUUAAUCUGAGCGUUAUGCCGUCAGUGACUGCAUUACAAAAUGCUAAGAAACAAGACAAACAAGGACGCCCCGUAAUAGACUCAUCUGGUGCAAUAGUGGUCGGAAAUCCGAAACUGUCCCCGAACUUUACUCAACACUGGCACCUGAAGGAGAUUCCAAGUGCAGAAUAUGAAGCAAGAAUUGUGAGCGAGCUCUUGACUUGUCGCCCUCUUAUUGGGCGGGACGCGACCAAAGCGGCAGUGCUACAUCAGAUAGAGCAAGUUGAAGUGGUUCAUUUUGCAACUCAUCUGUCAUGGAAACUUGCCUCCAUAGUGCUUUCACCUGGAGAUAAUAUUUCUACUUCCCAUAGAUUUCCCACAAUAGACUCCGACGAUAGUUCCAGUGAUAUAAGUAAUUUUGACGGACCUUCUCUGUCCGAGUACCUGCUCACAGCGGCUGACAUCCUCAAUCUGAAACUCCACGCCAAACUUGUUGUACUGAGCUCAGGUUACACAGACGACAGAGCAGGAAGGAUCAAUUCCGACGGAGUUGUGGGACUUACAAGAGCUCUUCUGUCAGCUGGAGCUCAGAGUGUGUUAUAUUCGCUUUGGCCGGUGCCUGACCAGGCUGCCAAACUGUUGAUGAGGACAAUGUACUCCUCAUUACAGGAAGGCCAUCAGGUCACCCAGGCCCUGUCAAGCGCCAUCAAGUCCGUCCAGUGUACCAAGCAAUUCUCCCAUCCGUCCAACUGGGGUGGCUGGGUCCUCGUGGGACAUGACGUUAAACUCAGCAGUAAAGUUGCCCUCAUGGGUCAUGCCAUUUGUGAAAUCCUGCAAGUCCCCACUGCCUGUCGCGAGGCCAUGCGAGUCCUCCUCCAUCUGAUUGAAAAAUCGCUCCAGAGAAUUCACCAGGGUAUAAAGAACUCCAUGUACACAACUAGCCAAUCGAUCGAGAACAAGGUCGGUGCUAUCCCCGGCUGGAAGGACCUGCUCCAGGCUGUGGGUUUCCGGUUCGAGUCUGCCAGUAAUGGACUACCCCCUGCAGUGUUCUUCCCUCAGACUGACCCAGGAGACAGACUCACACAGGCCAGUGCAAGUCUUCAGGCUCUUCUAGGACUACCUCCCAGCUCUCUGGCAGCUUUAUCCAAGUUCUUAUCUAAUUACGAAGCAGGAGAGGCCAACAUCCGAGUGAUGAGAGAUAUACUUAGCAAGAUGGCCGCCAAGGAAAGCAACAUUGAUGUACAGAUAAAUGUGAAGCUAUGGGGAGUACCAGGUUGUCACGAGUUCCUGGCGUCUCUAGGACUUGACCUUGUGGAAGUCGGUCAGGAUGAGGUUACCCUCCGUUUAGGGAAGCAAGCAAACAGACGACAGCUACAGUUCGCUUUACAGAGUCUGGUCGCUGUUUUCGACACUCAGGAGGCCCCCAAGUCUCUGUCGGUGGACAGCUCCAGCAGUCUGGAGAGUCUGUCCUCAUCACACAGCGGAUCCACCUCAACCUCUAACUUCUCCAAGGGCAGCACCCCACCCAUCUCACCGCGGGGCUCACGCAAAAAGUCACUCUUCAAUCCAGCCGAGAUGGAGAAGAUGAGGAUUAUGAACAAGAUGCAGCUCAUGAAUCAGGGUGGAUUGUCUGGCCGACAGGUUUACAGAAAAGCGAAGAAGGCCAACGUAUCUGACCCUGCCAUGAAUCUCCAACACCAGAGCCGUGUCCGCAACAUGUAUCCCCCGGGGUCAAGCUCGAACAUGAACCUGAUGGCCGACAUGAAUGGUAUCCAGGAGAUAAGUGAGAACAGUGAAAGUGAUGUAGAUGGACGCGACAGCUGGGACAAUAGGAUGCAGGUGUCAACAAACUCCGAGAGUGAGAGCAGCACACUUCCCGAACUUCGGACAAAUUCCGAGUCGGACAACCAGAUUCCCGGAGCUGAUCAGUAUCAACUUACGGAGGGAAAGGAAACAAGUCCUGAUCUCACGACUGAAGAAUAUUCUUUGAGUAGACAAACCAGUCAUCAGAGUGAGACGUAUUCGUUCGAUAGAGCAGACGAUGUACGGAUGUCGGCCAUGUCCUACACAAGUAACUUAAGUGAGGAUUCGGCCCUGUUAGAGGACCAGAAGAGGAAUUCUUACUCGGAUAGUAGUCAGGCAGACGACAUGUUCCAAAGGCACGAUGGAACUCGACAGUCAGAUAUGUCCGACACAAGUGGAAUAAGUGAUCAGUUCAUGCCUUCUCAAAACAUGAACAAAAAUUUACCUCUGAUGUCAUCACAGCUCGACCACACGUUAAUGUCAAGUGAAUCGGGGAUUAACUCGGAGGUGACGUCCUCAAAUCAGAGCGACACAAGUCAGCAAAGCAUGGACGCUACAAGCUCGCAGUUAGACCCUCACGAGGUCGCAAUGAAGGUUAUGAAAGACCUCGGCCCACAGAAGGGCAUUCUUGAAGGAUUACAAAUGCAGAGUUUUCUUGCAUCUCAGUCUAACACUCGUUUCAUGCGACAGCAGUUUCAGAAUUCUUCACAAAUCAGUGCGUUUACUAAACCUUCUACUGUACAGGACCAAACAUCAGGUGAUACUCACAGUACUAAGGAUGUGCAUAGCUCUUCUACGCCUCAGGUACGACCUCAGACAGCACCGAGGCCUAACAAAGUACCGCCCCCUGUCCCCUCCAAACCUAAGGUACUGCCAAAGUCUAACUCUAUAGCAAAUAUCCAGGAGGAUAAUUCUAAUCAAAACAGUCCAACCCGAGCUAGUUAUUAUAGUAUGCAGUCCCUGAAAGGCAUAUCUGAGAACGACCUUUCCGUGAGUCAGCAAUCUUCCAGCAUGGACGACAAUGACAUUUCCUAUGUUGUCACAAGGAGAACGGUUCCCGGUAACGGCAUGUCAGAUUUGGGUCACAAGAGCAUGCCAGAUUUACGGAAGUCAUCUAAAACAGGGGGCAGCACUGGUAAUCCCUACUCAGCCAAUCAAAUGAGCUUCAGUAGUUUUAAGCCUAAAGCUGCAUCUUCCAAGAGGAAUGUGAAUAAUGGCGUGGCAGGUGUGGCCAUGCGGCCGGACAGUGCCACCAGUACGAGUAGUCUUUGUUCUACCGGCUCGUCUGUCCAGUCGGUCAUUCACCGGCCGUACUUUAAUUCUGUACCUGACCUCAAUGGAAUGUUCCAGAAACGGUCUGGUGAGUCGGGUGUGAACACUGCCGUAGAGGGUGACACAAACUUUAGUCGGAGGAGUCCCACGGGAUUGCCCCCGCCAUACAGUCAGGCAGUUAGGACAGCCCAGCUUCUUAGAGGGCGAAGUCCAACACAGCAUAAUACGUACAAUUCAAAUAGUCGCAGCUCUACCCCUACUGGGGGUUCACGUACCAGUCCGGACAGUCUGGGGUCAUCUCAGGGGAGUGGUCAGUAUCAUCAGCCUGAUAGUCCAGUGUCUCUGGCCAGUGGUCAAUAUCAUAGCGGGUUUAGUACCUCAACACCCUCAAACCCUGGCCAGAGUAUCAAAGGUGUACCCUCACAGUUUGAGCAGCAGUACAAUGUAGGAGUCAAUGAUAAUCGCUACACAGGCCAGUACGUGGACUCCAAACCUGGCACUCUUCCACUGCAGCCUCAGACUUCUUCCACACCGAACUCUAUUUCUCAGUCCUCACAGCCAACGGGCUACUAUUCCAGUGCACCGACAACACCAGGGACACCAGAACGUGAUGAUGUGUUCCUCCACGCAAGUAGCGGUUGUAACGUGACCUCUAUUCCAACUCAAGGUCACAUGUACCAACACUCGAGCAGCAGUACAUCAUCCUCGGUUUCACAACACAACCAGUACUACCAGUCAGGCAGCCCGGUGGCCUCCACAGCAUCGGGAGGAGGGAGUCCAUUCCCUCAGUCCGCCAGUCCCACAUCAUCAACUGCCUCCCGUAACAGUCCCUACCAGCACAUGUCAACAGGCAGGAGGACCAAAUCCAUUCUCAACAGUUCGCCAGCCUCUGCAAGGGCUACCAGUAAAAAGAGACCUCAUAAACGUGUCAGCUUCUCGGAUUCUGAACCCAGUGACCUUGAGGGCAACUCCCCUCACCCCUACCGUCCAAUCAAAUCAGGCCCUGUCCCAGUGAAGGGCGUUGUUAAGUUGAACAUGAGUGACUUCAAAAUGCCAAAUUAUCGUAGUCGACAGCAUCAGAACGGUGGCGUACCUAAAGGGGCUGGUCCCCAUAGUAACGGCUAUGUCUCCCAGGGCUCUUUCUACCCCAAUGGCAGUGUGCCCAAACAGGGCCCUGUUGCCAAUGGUCACGCAGGUCAAGGUCAGACGUCAGUUUUCAGUAGAAAGAGUGUGAAUCCUUCCCCCAAUAAUGAUAGUGUGAACGGACCUAUAGGGCUUAAGGACUUGUCCAAGUCCUCAACCCAAGGGGGACAACUCCCUGGGAGGAGUUUCUUUGGGAGGGAUAAUAAUCGACCAAUCAGAAGAACUCAAGUUGUGCAGUCGUCAAAGUGCUGAUAUUUCUUGUGCAUUGUUUUCUGUAUAAUUGUAUGCAAGGGAGCUAUAACAAAACGCAAUUCAAAUGACAUCAUUUCAUCUUUCUUAUUUUUCACGCCAUGAAUAUAACGUCAGAUCAUGAAUCAUCAAUUAUCAAACAAAACCUCUCCAAUACGGCCUGCAGACUUUUAUUGGGAUUAUUGAAACGUUAACAUUUUUAUUCGUCAUUGGAUAGUAACCUUUUAGUUUGAAAUGAUAUUUGAAUGUUUUCCUUGUCUGUUUUUAUUUGUGAAAAGAGAAUAACAUUUUUUAUUUUGCAUGAAAUAGAAUUCAAUAUUUGACUGUUUUUGUGUACGAAGUUGAGUGUAUAUUGAUGUAGAUAUGUAAUUGUGUAUAUAUGUAAGAAUAUAUUUUGUAUAUAGAAAAUUGAAAUGAAUGCCUCUUUGUGCCAAACUUACCAUUUAUAUCCAGAGAAUAUGACUUGGUAGAUAUUAUAACAGUAAUUAUGUCGGUAUGUAUAUCGUAUCAUUUUCAUUUUUAUUGGUGAAAUUUUUAAAAGAAAUUUUUAUUUGUCAUUAUAUUCUUAUAUUGCAGUGUAGACAAACUUAACGUUGAAAACUAUUUUUCAUCAAAAAGUUUUGGGACAAAAUUAAUAUAAGGUAAAUAAUGUUUUUAAUUCCAAAUCUACUGUUUAUUUUAUGUUUGAGGUCUAAAAAGGUAAAUAAUUUAUGUUGUGAUUCAAGACAGAUUUGAUUAUAACAGACUCCACACUUAACUCCUUCACCCCAGAAGACAUAUUUGAACUCUUCCAAUUCAAAGGUGAAUGAGUUAAGCCUGAGUUCUGUGCCGAGUUGUUCAAACCCAAAGUAGUUUAGGAAGAACAUAAUGAAAUAUUUUUACUUGUUUAUUUUUAGAAAUAUUCAAAUUCAAAACUUAAGUUGUUUGUGUAAAGUUUCAAAAUGGUUAUAUUAUGACUUUCUAGAAGGUUCUCUUGAAUCAAAUUUUGAACAAUUGAAUUAACGCCUCGUUAAGCUAACCAGACUUUGAUUACCUCGACCCUGAUGAAAGCUUAACGGUGUCCAAGAAACAAUAAUGUUUAUGCAUAAUAAUUCAACUAUUCACCCCCUUUUGUAAGCACAUGAUGUAGGACACAGGUAUUGGGUCUAUAUAAUGGUAAAAGGAUGAGGUAGUUAUUUAUGUUCUGACCAGGUGUCUUUCAAGUUAUUUACAGGUGUGAAUGGUACAGGGAAUAGAUUAUAACUGAGAUCACGAACAAAUUACAUAUACAAGCAAUAUACAGAGAUUGUAGAUAUAUAUAUAGAGAGAGAGAGACAACAUCUCAUUUACAUAAUUGGUAACAUUUAUUUAUUAAUAGUGAACUGAUCACCUACACGGCAACAACAGUGUGUUUUACCACAAGCAGUAAAACCUUGUUAUAUUGCUAUCAUUUUGAUAUUAUUAAGGGGUUCGGUAGUUAAUUGAGAGAGAUAUAUUAAGGAAUUGUUAAGGGGAAAAAACGGAAAUUAUACCUUAACCCUUUCAACACUGUACACCAUAAUGGACUCAUCCAGAUCAAUUUAUGGUAGAGGUUAUUAAAGUUACAUAGGGGUGAAAGGGUUAAAAUAUGUUUGCAGUAAGAAAUAUUAAGGAAUUGUUAAGGAAAAAACCCGGAAAAGGAGACCUUAACCCUUUCAACACCAUACACCAUAAUGGACUCAUCCAGAUCAAUUAAUGGUAGAGGUUAUUAAAGUUACAUAGGGGUGAAAGGGUUAAAAUAUGUUUGCAGUAAGAAAUAUUAAUGAAUUGUUAAGGAAAAAACACGGAAAAGGAGACCUUAACCCUUUCAACACCGUACACCAUAAUGGACUCAUCCAGAUCAAUUUAUGGUAGAGGCUAUUAAAGUUACAUAGGGGUGAAAGGGUUAAAAUAUGUUUGCAGUAAGAAAUAUUUAUGAAUUGUUAAGGGGAAAAAACGGAAAAUGAUACCUUAACCCUUUCAACACUGUACACCAUAAUGGACUCAUCCAUAUCAAUCGAUGGUAGAGGUUAUUAAAGUUACAUAGGGGUGAAAGGGUUAAAAUAUGUUUGCAGUAAGAAAGAUGGCAAAUGAAGUGAGGGGCGUUAUAUCAAGGUUUUAUUGUCAUAUAUCAAAGUCUAUUAUAUAUAUAAAAUAAAAACUCAUUAUACUGCCACCAUUUGGCCAACACAACUUUGGCAUUAUAAAGAGGUUUAGUGAUAUACCGACCAAUAUAGAAAGGAAUGUCAGGAAAAGAAAAUAAUUGAUAUAUUUUAGCAGUAAGCAAGGUGGAAAAUGAAAAAAGGGGGAUUAUAUCAAGGUUUUACUGCUGAUAUUUUAUUGAGUUAAAAUACUUAAUAUAUACCAAGUAACAAUUGAGGAUGUGUGUUCAACAUUUAAUGCCUAGUUCAUAGGAUAUGACUAUUUCAUGUUUAAUCAAGAUCAAGAAAAAACUGGUAAUUUUUUUAUGUACCUGCAAUAUAUCUUUCACUACCUUGACAUGGAAUAACCAAUCUAACUAGAUCACCAGCAUGUGAGAUCUUUUAUAAGUUAAAAUGCAGGAGAAAUUGCAUGUAUAAAUAAAACAAAAUUAAAUAAUAGUCUAGGACAAUAAAUAAAUUUUCGAUAUUUGAAUGCACUGGUGUAAAUGCAUCUAGAAAGAUGAUACAUGGUCUUAUCUCCAGAAAGGAAUCUAUGAUUAACCCUUUCACCCCUGUGAAACUUUAGUCGACUCUCCCAUGCAUGGAUCUGGAUGAGUUCAUUAUGGUGUACAGUGGUGAAAGGGUUGAUACUAGUAUUUGGGGAUAUAACUUAUUCAAAUUUUACGUAAUUUAAGUCAUUUCAUUUUUAUUGUUACUCAUAAACAAUAAGAUGAAAGAGGAAUAAAUCAAAAUGUUAUAAGUUAUAGCAGUCAGCAGUACAUUAUUUAUUGCAAGACAACUUCAUGGUGACCUCUCCAUCAAAACAUUUAACAUUGUCAUUUAACUGUUUUUCACAGUUACCAUAGUUAAACUCUGGAAUUUUAAUUAUAAAUUAACAAACAUCCUUCUUACGUUUCUCAUGUCAAACUAAAACAUUUUUAUUUAUGUCCAUGAAAACCAAUAACAAAGUGUUCAGAAAAUAUUUAAUGUUUUAAUAUUGUCCAUGCCUAUAAACCUAGUAUAUCCUAACUUAUUGUAGUAGUCCCGUCCCACCUUUGAUUUGGGUUAUACCAUGUAGAUGUUUAGAGAGGUAAGGGUUAGGUUGAUCUGUCAGUUACAGAGAAUUACUGUUGGAUAUAUAUUGUUUUCUACUCUCUACAGUGUAAAUAUUGUGUCUACCUAACUUUAUUGGAGCUAUGCAUUCUAGAAUAUUUUAUACAAUAUACUAUAAAUAUAUAUAUAUCUAUAUAAUACACUUUCAGUGGUUCUGUGAACCACAUGGAGGAUUUCAAAACUUCCUGUCUGAAGGAAGACGACAAAAUAAAAUAAUA